AUGAAGGUGAACGAGGAUCUUGUCUGCGACUUCGGCAUGUAUAAGCCAACCUCGAAAACAGAUCGCAUUGCCGCUUUUAUGCUUAACAUAACUGAAUUGAAAAAUGGUAUGAGUGUAACGGAUGAGAGUGGCACCACGGUCGGUAAAUCCAAACUGGCUGCAGCAAAAGCAAUUUCUCUCGUGGUAGUUUCAAGGAAUGUGCUCGUCGCCCCUUGUAUGAUUGCCACACCGUUUAUCAUGGAACGUCUUGAGAAAAUAGCUUGGUUCAAGAGGCACAUUCGUCGGCUGAAUAUUCCAACCCAACUCCUUCUCACUUUUAUAAUAUAUGGUGCGAUGGUGCCAGUGGGCUGUGCUCUGUUCCCACAACAAAAGGUCUGGGAAAAGCGUCAGACUGUGAAGCGUAAUAAAAACAAGUAG